AAAUUGUGCAAGUAGAAAUUGCAGGGGAGAGCAAGCAUAAGGAAAGAAUCACUCCAUUAAUAUAUACAUCCACAUAGACAUAUAUGCUGCCUGCGGAUGAAGAAAAAUCCAAACAAGAAGAAAUCAAUUCCCUCUUAGUGCAUACAUCCAAUAUAUCGUGUUUUCAAGAUGAUGAUGGCUACCCUUGGCGAUGCUAUGGCAAAAAACAAAUUCUUCGGGGAAAGGAAUGUAGCUAUUACAGGUGUUCAUUUUUGCCUAAAUGCCGUGCAAAAAAGCGAUUAGUACACUUGCUUGAUGGGAGGACUUUAAUUACUUACCAGGGUGAGCAUGAUCAUUCUAAUGGAUCUUCAACAGGCGCUAGACAAGGGAUGCAUGGGUCAUCUGGACAUUCGAUGAGUGAGAGAAAAGUGACUGUGCAAGAAGCUGGACUGCGUAUUGAGCAAAGUGGUGAAGAAUUAAUGCCACCGAAUGAUGAUGAGUGGGAGAGAACCGUGGAGGUCCACUUGGUGAAUAGUGAAUUGUCAACAUUAACUGAGAACCCAAGAUGCCCAAAGCUUUCAAAAUUGGUCCUACAAGGAAACUACAAAUUGCGAACCAUUCCUUCUGCAUUUUUUCAACACAUGCCUGCCCUCCAACUCCUCAACUUGUCCAAGACUGGUAUUAAGUCAUUGCCACUGUCGCUAUUUGGGCUGGUCAGCCUCAAAGAACUCUAUUUAAAUGACUGUGAGAGUUUUAUGGUGCUAUCGCCAAAAGUUGGAGAGCUUAAGCAUCUUGAGGUACUUGAUCUUGAAGGGACAGAGAUUAAAGAUCUACCUGGAGAAAUUAGAAAUUUGACAAAACUCAAAUGCUUGAAAGUCUCAUUCUAUGGAUAUAUGAACUGUGGCAGGAAAAGUGAGCAGUCAAGAACAAUCAUUCCUCGCUGGGUCAUAUCAUCUCUCUGUAAAUUAGAAGAAUUAUGUAUAGAUGUGAAUCCAGAUGAUGAGCGAUGGCACAUAAUUGUGGAAAAUGUAAUGGAAGAAAUUUGCUGCUUGGAGAGACUAAGAUUUCUCAAAUUCUACUUUCCGAAGGUGGAACUACUGGGGAUGUUGCAAUGGAAGUUUACAUCGAAGUUACUAGUAUCCCGAAAUCCAUUGGUUCAAUUCAGAGUUAUUGUUGGUCAUCAUGUCAAACGGAUCAUAUCUCGACUCCUCCAUGAUGUUGAAUUUGAGCUAAAGCGAUGGCGGAGAUGCUUAACAUAUGUAUACGGUGAGGGAAUCCCUGGAGAAGAAAUUAGAAAGGUGCUUGGACAUGCAACAGCAUUUCACCUAGAUCGCCAUGUAACUGCUAAGAAGUUGUCUGAAUUUGGGAUUGAAAAUAUGAAGCGUCUGAAAUGUUGUAUACUAGGGGAAUGUAAUGAGAUUCAAGCGAUCAUAGAUGGAAAAGAUAUCCUUGGAGAAGCUAGAAUUGGGCUUGAAUCACUAGAAUACUUAAAUAUUUACUACAUGAAAAAUUUAAGAACCAUAUGGGCGGGGCCAGUGCAGACUAGGUGUUUUUCACAUUUGAAAUCCUUAAACUUGCGUACGUGUCCACAGUUGGCUACCAUUUUCACAUGGGUGUUGCUUUUUGUUUUCAGCAACUUGCAAGAACUCAUAGUUGAAGAUUGUCCAGCCAUAAAAAGCUUAGUAACCUGGGAAGACCCUGCGGAGGAGAAAUUCCAAUGCUUAAAAUCAUAUUAUUUACUUCCAAAGUUGAAAAAGAUAUCACUUCAUUUCACACCGGAAUUGACUAAUCUAUCUGGUGGCCUACGCAUUGCACCAGAGUUAGAAUGGAUGAGCAUUUAUGACUGCCCAAAGCUCAAGAGUUUUUCACAUGGAGAAUUGUCUAGCAGAAAGUUGAAGACCAUCAAGGGUGAGAGACACUGGUGGGAAGCACUGGAGUGGGAAAUUUGCCGGCCAGAAUGUUUGGCUGCUAUAUUUAUCCCAAUUAAAUCACCCCUCGACAUAAUCGAAGAUAAAGCCACAUGAUUAAUUCUCGUACCCAUGAAUUGAGGGAGCGUCUAGCAUACUUCUAGAUGAUCAAAUGUCAUGAGGGCCCAUUAGCGUGGAGAAGAAGUUGUUUCAAGUGGCUUACUGUCCCUGUAAUAGAGUUCAUUGUAGAGUAAAUCAAUAUCCAAAGCAUGGAGCUUGAGCCAUGCAAGCAGCAUUAGAUGGUGGCUGUGGACUCGCAAAGAUUAGAACCGAGACCUUACCUUACGAGUUUAUAGCUGAUUAUUAAGAAAUAAGAACCGGUUCUGGAAUGUAUAAACUAAGUCUGGCAUCUUUCAGUGUCGCAUGAUUUCUAAAUGUGUGUGCCUAUAUACUAUCGAUCAGCUUCUAUCACAUAAUAAAUGGUUUGGAUGUGGACGUGAUUUUU